UCUUCAUUCAGUUAUUGUUAGUCGACAAACGUGAGGUGUUUCCGAAAUAAGCGAAAGAUAGUAGAUAAAAGGCACAAAAACUAAAGAAAAAUAAAACUGGGGCAUUACAAAAUGUCCAAAAAUUGAACUGAAUUCGAACAACAGUUCACAGGUCACUAUCAAUGGCCCUACAAUGCGUGAUCAAGCCAAAAAUGUGGCUAGGCCUUAAGCAAAUAUUACUCUAUGUGGGUCUGCUGCUGUGCGUCGUGCUUCAGGUGUGUCGCAGCAAGACCCAGUUACAGCUCAACUGUCCCACCGUCUGUCAGUGUGAUCUCCAUGCACAGCGCAAUCGCGCGAUCUGCAGCGCCAAACGCUUGAUAAGCGCCAGCAUUGACAUGCCCAAAUCUGUGGAGCUGCUGGACCUAAGCUACAAUGAUAUCACCAACAUUGACGAAGACAGUUUCGAGAGCUCUGUCCAUCUUAUCAACCUGACACUGGCUCACAAUGCCAUCCAGACGCUGCACGUGAAUGCGUUUGGUGAGCUGCGCCGCUUGCGCUCACUGGAUCUGUCCUACAAUCGCUUGGAGGAGAUCGAUGAGCAUUUGCUGGAGACUAAUUCGCAUUUGCUGCAUGUGAAUCUGGAGGGCAAUAAGCUGGCGACACUGGGCGAUGGGCCGCUGCUGCGCAGCACCACGCUCCGCUCGCUCAAUUUGCGCAAUGCCCAGAUCAAUCAGCUGGGCGCGGAGAUGUUGAGCGCGCUGCCACAGCUGCGCCAGCUGGAUCUGGCACAGAAUAUGCUGAUUACACUGAACAUUAAUGUGUUUCAUGCUCCACGUUACUUGGCCUCACUCAACCUGGACGAGAAUCCGCUCAACUGCGACCGCGCGCUAAUUAAGGUCGCGACUUGGCUGAGUUUGCGCGGUGUUGCCGUCAGCAUAAGCGAGUGCCUGGAGGAGAGGCUGCCCACCCAUCCGCUGAAUGUGCAGGUGAGUGGAGAUGUAGAAAGCAGCGAGAACGGUUCACUUGUUGAAACACUUCAAAUGGAGCGCAUGGAGCAUCUGGACAGCAGCAACACGAACGAACCCCAGUCUGUGGCCGAGGUAUGGCGCGACCUGCCCGACGAUUCAGAGGAGCAGCAACAGCAGGAACAGCGCGAGCAGCAACCGGAGGAGGAGCUAUCAACGCUCAUCGAUGUGUGCGAGGGCAAUCGCGAACAACUUUGCCUGCGCUAUCGCAAUUGCCUGGAACGAGUCAGCCACGAGCUGCUGGCAGGCAACGCCGGGCAGCCGCCAGACCUGGUCGAGAGCACACACACCUUUGACGAGGACGAUGUGAAGCUGGCCUUUGCAGUGGGCGGUGCCACCGGCAUCUGCAUGGUCAUUUUCAUAAUCAGCUUUGCCCUCUGCAUUAAAAGCGGCUGCGAGCUGCGAAAGAAGCGACGGCCACCGGCAAACGCAGAUACGUCCACAUUGGAGUCGUUGCCACAGCAGCAGCUGCCCACGAUUCAUCACUGGGAGCCGCCCACUCGUAAUCCGCGUCGCUCCAAUCCGCACCGUUCACGGAAUCCGCCCGCACGGGCUCUGGUCCGUCAGUCUUAUGGGCCCGAUGAUAACUUUGUGUCGCGUCUGUUCGGGCGUCCGGCCCGGCAUCAGUACUAUCGCGCCAUUAACCAGAACACGGCGACGUUAAUCAGACGUCUGAGUCGCAGUAAUCUAUUUAGCAGUCGGGAUCGGGAGCCCAGUAGUCCAGAGACUCCGCCAGCUGCAACAGCUAGAUUUUACACGGAUGUGGUGGAUGCUGGCGCAGCUCGACCGGAGACGCCUCCACCCAACUACGGAGAUGUGGUGGUCAUCGAUAAUUGUGAUAACAAAUAGACAUCAAGCCCGCAACGAGCUCCCUUUAAAGCACCCAAGCAAUAGGCAUUAUCUAAUAAAUCUUUAAGCACGGCUUAAGGCAACGUCUUUAUAGUUUACGACGGCCUUCUUCUUCUUCAAAUUCUUCUUCCCUUCUUUUUGGCUCAUACCAAAAUAUCAAUUGGGGAUUCCUUCCACUUUUCUUUUGUUGGUAGCAUUACUUUUACACGACUGCAACAAAUCGCAAUAAAAACUUUUGACAAAACUAUCAAAGUUGGCAUACAACGGGAACAGGAAGAGACUGCGAAAUUGCCACAGCCAAAUCUGCAACAUCCCCACAUGCCCCCUCGCCCCAACUAAGCUCUCAAAAAAAUGUUCAAGUAAGAAAACUUUACACACUCAAAUAAAUGCAAGCGUGAAGCGUGUGCAAUAGAGGACAGGAAAUGAAGCGGGUGUCGCCGAGCCAGCGGAUGUGGCAAGACAAAUCGAAAGCUUCACAAAAGAAAACAAAACCCCACAAAAAAAAAAAGAAAAAUAUAUAAAAAAAGAAGACCCACUGCAAACUGGGCAAAACCAAACAAUUUGCACUGCAAAAGCAGCCAAAGUGUCUCAAAAGAAUUAACCACUAAAACUAACCAAGCUACCAUUAAAAAACAUAAGAACGAGUUGGUCGACUAUAGUCGACUAGCCGAUACGCUGCAGGGAUUUGAUUUUAUGAAUGCCACUUUUUUGCUUAUUUAUUAUUGUCUAACUGCAACUUUUAUUGCUUUAAUUUAAUUGAAAUUUUUGGAUCUUGACCAUGACAGCGUAGUGACUUGUUAUAUAUUUACACUGCUUAACAAAUUUUUGAUGUUUUUUAAUAUUUGUGUAAUAUUUGAAGAGACAUAGAAAAGGUAAAAGUUCACAUAAUAUGUAAGUGAUUUUACAACUUAAAUGGGAAGCAUAUAACCUUUGUUUUUUAAUGGUUUACAACUCUAAGUUGGUGUGCCAGAUUGCGCCUUGUAUGAGCCAAAAUCAUAUUUUAAUUUAAAUGUC